ACUUUUUUCCGGCAGCCCGGGAGCAGGCAGGGCCGGAGCUGAGCGCGGCGGAGCCCCCGCACCCUCCGCCCGCCCCAUGGCUUUAUAAAGGGCUGCUCCCGUGGGGGGGCUGCCGGGGGGGCUGAGCGCCUGCUCUGCGCUUCUAGAUACAGCUUGGAUUAGGGGAUUUUAUAUUAUAAUUAUUAUUUUAUUAUUAUUAUUAUUAUUCUGAGUAUUUUUUAACCCCCCCCUCGAGCUGUCCCGAGCUGGUGCCCCGUUUUUUGGGGGAGCAUGGAUACGCACACGCGCUGGAAAAGGCGCAGUUGGAUACGGAGCUGCUCGGUGCCCGCUGCGCUGGUGCUGUUGGGUGCCCUGUCCCUCGGCCGGGCAGCUGAACCUGCAGACCUCUUGAAGGUGUUAGAUUUUCAUAAUUUACCUGAUGGUAUCACAAAAACCACGGGGUUUUGCACAAGCAGAAGGUCUUCAAAAGAAGCAGAUGUUGCUUACAGAGUAACAAAAGAUGCUCAGCUCAGUGCCCCGACAAAGCAGCUGUAUCCUGCUUCCCCCUUCCCAGAGGACUUCUCCAUUCUAACCACUGUAAAAGCGAAGAAAGGAGGUCAGUCCUUCUUGAUCUCAAUUUACAAUGAGCAAGGGAUCCAGCAAAUUGGUGUGGAGUUGGGUAGAUCUCCUGUAUUCCUGUAUGAAGACCAUACAGGAAAGCCAGGCCCAGAAGACUAUCCUCUCUUUAGAGGCAUUAACCUAGCAGAUGGCAAGUGGCACCGAGUGGCUCUGAGUGUGCAGAAGAAAAAUGUCACCUUGGUUCUGGACUGUAAAAAGAAAAUCACCAAGUUCCUGGACCGGAGCGAGCACCCCAUCAUCGACGUCAACGGCAUCAUCGUGUUCGGCACCAGGAUAUUGGAUGAGGAGGUCUUUGAGGGUGACAUCCAGCAGCUCCUGAUCGUGGCAGACCCGCGGGCAGCCCUGGAGUACUGCGAGCACUACAGCCCCGACUGUGACACCGCCAUCCCCGACUCCCCCCAGUCCCAGGACCCCAACCAGGAUGAAUACUACACAGAUGGGGAGGGAGAAGGUGACACUUACUACUACGAGUACCCCUACUACGAGGACGUGGGUGAAGCUGUCAAACCAGAAACCCCCACCACCAAACCCAGCCCUCCUGAAGUGGCUGCUGGAGAGAGACCCGAAACCAAGCAGGAUUACCCAGCUCCCACGGCAGCCCCUGAAGGAGGGAACCCCGGGAAGCAGCCCAAGGAGGACGGAGCAGUGGAUGAUCCCCUGGUGGAUGAGUACAACUACGAGACCAUCAACGAGGAGUAUUUUACCCCAAUGCCCUACGAGGAUCUCAACUACAACGAGGAAAUCGAUCCCCAGGGUGGCCUCACUGAAAAUGCAGUGGAAGCUGAACUCCCCACCAGCACUGUCGUCACCUACAAUGAGACUGAUGCUGCUCAAGGAGGGGAUGACCUGGAUAAAGAUUUCACAGAGGAAACCAUAAAGGAAUAUGAUGGGAAUUAUUACGACAGUUACUAUGACCGGACAGCCUCUCCCGACAUCGGCCCCGGCAUGCCGGCCAACCAGGACACCAUCUACGAAGGGAUCGGUGGCCCCCGGGGCGAGAAGGGCCAGAAGGGGGAACCUGCCAUUAUUGAGCCGGGAAUGCUGGUGGAAGGCCCCCCUGGUCCCGAAGGCCCAGCAGGCCUUCCAGGACCUCCAGGACCAACUGGACCCGUGGGCUUAAUGGGAGACCCAGGGGAGAGGGGCCCUCCUGGACGCCCAGGUCUCCCAGGAGCAGAUGGAUUGCCAGGACCACCAGGGACCAUGCUUAUGUUGCCUUUCCGCUUCAGCGGAGGAGGCGACGCUGGCUCCAAGGGACCCAUGGUGUCAGCCCAGGAGGCACAAGCCCAGGCCAUCCUGCAGCAGGCCAGGCUGGCACUGAGGGGACCAGCGGGACCCAUGGGCCUGACGGGGCGGCCGGGCCCGAUGGGACCCCCGGGCAGUGGAGGGCUGAAGGGAGAAGCUGGAGAAAUGGGACCUCAGGGUCCACGAGGCAUCCAAGGUCCUCCCGGUCCUGCAGGAAAGCCAGGCCGCAGGGGACGAGCUGGCAGUGACGGUGCCCGGGGAAUGCCAGGCCAGACAGGACCAAAGGGUGACCGAGGCUUUGAUGGCUUGGCUGGUUUGCCUGGUGAGAAGGGAAACAGGGGUGAGCCAGGUCCCCACGGCCCCCCAGGGGCUCCUGGAGAGGAUGGAGAGAGGGGAGAUGAUGGAGAAGUUGGACCCAGAGGUCUCCCUGGAGAACCUGGACCCCGAGGACUGCUGGGCCCCAAGGGACCCCCAGGACCCCCAGGCCCACCGGGUGUGGCUGGCAUGGAUGGACAAACAGGUCCCAAAGGGAAUGUGGGCCCCCAGGGCGAGCCAGGGCCCCCAGGACAGCAGGGGAACCCAGGGGCUCAGGGUCUUCCAGGUCCACAAGGUGCCAUCGGUCCCCCAGGAGAGAAAGGCCCACUGGGCAAACCUGGUCUCCCUGGCAUGCCUGGUGCUGAUGGGCCUCCGGGUCAUCCUGGCAAGGAGGGUCCUCCUGGAGAGAAAGGGAGUCAGGGUCCCCCAGGUCCCCAGGGCCCCAUUGGUUAUCCAGGACCACGUGGAGUCAAGGGAGCAGAUGGAGUUCGUGGGUUGAAAGGCACCAAGGGGGAAAAGGGUGAAGAUGGUUUCCCUGGCUUCAAAGGCGACAUGGGCAUCAAAGGAGAUCGGGGGGAAAUUGGCCCCCCUGGCCCUCGGGGUGAGGAUGGGCCCGAAGGUCCCAAAGGUCGCUCUGGCCCCAAUGGAGAUCCGGGUCCUCUUGGGCCUGCUGGAGAGAAGGGAAAACUCGGCGUGCCAGGACUGCCUGGGUACCCGGGCAGGCAGGGCCCCAAGGGCUCCAUCGGCUUCCCAGGAUUUCCAGGAGCCAACGGAGAGAAGGGCACACGGGGCACUCCUGGCAAACCAGGUCCGAGGGGGCAGCGUGGUCCGACGGGUCCACGUGGGGAAAGAGGCCCCAGGGGAAGCACUGGAAAACCUGGCCCAAAGGGCAACUCUGGCGGUGAUGGCCCCCCUGGUCCUCCUGGAGAGAGGGGACCACCAGGGCCUCAGGGACCAACUGGAUUUCCUGGACCAAAAGGCCCCCCUGGUCCUCCUGGGAAGGAUGGAUUGCCUGGGCACCCUGGACAGAGAGGAGAAACUGGUUUCCAAGGCAAGACUGGCCCUCCAGGCCCCCCUGGUGUGGUAGGACCUCAGGGUCCAACUGGUGAGACUGGGCCCAUGGGUGAGCGGGGCCAUCCAGGCCCUCCAGGUCCCCCGGGUGAACAGGGCCUUCCUGGCCUCACUGGAAAAGAAGGGACCAAGGGGGAUCCUGGUCCUGCUGGCCUCCCAGGGAAGGACGGUCCCCCCGGAUUGAGAGGAUUCCCUGGAGAACGAGGCCUCCCCGGCCCCAUUGGUUCUCCAGGGCUGAAAGGCAAUGAAGGUCCCCCAGGCCCUCCAGGCCCAGCCGGCUCUCCAGGGGAGCGUGGCCCUGCAGGAUCAGCUGGCCCCAUAGGAUUGCCAGGGAGACCUGGCCCUCAGGGACCUCCAGGACCUGCAGGUGAAAAGGGAGCUCCAGGGGAGAAGGGUCCCCAAGGACCGGCUGGCCGGGAUGGCAUCCAGGGCCCCGUGGGACUGCCGGGCCCAGCAGGUCCUGUUGGACCUCCUGGAGAGGAUGGAGACAAGGGUGAGAUCGGGGAGCCUGGGCAGAAGGGCAGCAAAGGUGACAAGGGUGAGCAGGGUCCCCCAGGCCCCACCGGUCCUCAGGGUCCAAUUGGUCAGCCUGGCCCAGCUGGAGCUGAUGGAGAGCCCGGGCCCCGAGGACAGCAAGGCCUCUUUGGGCAGAAAGGAGACGAAGGACCCCGAGGUUUCCCCGGUCCCCCCGGCCCCGUGGGCUUGCAGGGCCUGCCUGGACCACCUGGGGAGAAGGGAGAAACGGGUGACGUUGGGCAGAUGGGUCCACCAGGCCCACCAGGACCCAGAGGUCCAUCUGGGCCACCAGGAGCAGAUGGUCCACAGGGUCCUCCUGGAGGAAUAGGAAAUCCUGGUGCAGUAGGAGAGAAGGGUGAACCUGGGGAAUCUGGUGAGCCUGGUCUCCCUGGAGAGGUUGGCCUGCCGGGUCCUAAAGGUGAAAGAGGUGAAAAGGGGGAAGCAGGUCCCUCUGGUGCUGCUGGUCCACCUGGCCCCAAAGGCCCUCCAGGUGAUGAUGGCCCCAAAGGCAGCCCUGGUCCAGUUGGUUUCCCUGGUGACCCUGGUCCUCCUGGAGAGCCUGGCCCAGCUGGUCAAGAUGGUCCCCCCGGUGACAAAGGUGAUGAUGGUGAACCUGGACAGACUGGCUCCCCUGGGCCCACGGGAGAGCCAGGCCCCUCCGGACCCCCUGGAAAAAGGGGCCCUCCUGGUCCAGCUGGUCCCGAAGGAAGGCAAGGAGAGAAAGGAGCCAAGGGGGAAGCUGGUUUGGAAGGACCUCCUGGGAAGACUGGGCCCAUUGGUCCCCAAGGUGCUCCAGGGAAGCCUGGCCCCGAUGGCCUUCGUGGGAUUCCUGGUCCAGUUGGUGAACAAGGUCUCCCAGGAUCCCCUGGCCCAGAUGGUCCUCCAGGCCCAAUGGGCCCUCCGGGUUUGCCUGGUCUGAAAGGAGACUCUGGUCCUAAAGGGGAGAAGGGUCACCCAGGUUUAAUUGGUCUUAUUGGACCUCCAGGAGAGCAGGGAGAAAAGGGUGACAGAGGUCUCCCAGGCCCCCAGGGCUCAGCAGGACCCAAAGGAGAGCAGGGUAUCACAGGUCCUUCUGGACCCAUCGGACCUCCAGGGCCCCCAGGAUUACCGGGUCCACCUGGUCCCAAAGGUGCUAAAGGCUCAUCAGGUCCCACAGGUCCAAAGGGUGAAUCAGGUCUUCCUGGGCCCCCAGGGCCUCCUGGUCCUCCUGGAGAAGUCAUCCAGCCCCUGCCCAUCCAGGCUGCCAAGAGGACCAGGAGGAACAUUGAUGCCAGCCAGCUGCUGGACGACGGCAACGCCGACAACUACAUGGACUAUGCCGACGGCAUGGAGGAGAUCUUCGGCUCCCUGAAUUCCUUGAAACUGGAAAUCGAGCAGAUGAAGCAUCCCUUGGGCACCCAGCACAACCCAGCACGCACCUGCAAGGACCUGCAGCUCUGCCACCCUGAUUUCCCAGAUGGUGAAUACUGGGUUGAUCCCAACCAAGGGUGUUCCAGGGACUCUUUCAAAGUUUACUGUAAUUUCACAGCUGGUGGAGAGACCUGCAUCUUCCCCGACAAGAAAUCUGAAGGAAGUAAAAUGGCUCGUUGGCCCAAAGAACAGCCUUCCACAUGGUAUAGUCAAUACAAGCGGGGGUCCUUGCUCUCCUACGUGGACUCUGACGGGAACCCCAUCGGGGUGGUGCAGAUGACCUUCCUGCGUCUGCUGAGCGCCUCAGCCCGCCAGAACAUCACCUACAACUGCUACCAGUCGGUGGCCUGGCACGAUGCCACCACCAACAGCUAUGACAAGGCCAUCCGCUUCCUGGGCUCCAACGACGAGGAGAUGUCCUACGACAACAACCCCUACAUCCGGGCUGCCCUCGACGGCUGCGCGGCAAGGAAGGGCUACCAGAAAACCAUCCUGGAAAUCAACACGCCCAAAGUGGAGCAGGUCCCCAUAGUCGACAUCAUGUUCAAUGACUUCGGAGAAGCGGCACAGAAAUUUGGAUUCGAGGUGGGACCAGCUUGCUUCCUGGGCUAAAAGAGCCACCUGAACCUAGUCUCCAAAUGAGCAACCUCGUAACCUCAUUGCGCCAUUUAAUUAAAAACAAAAAAAGAGAAAAAAGAAAAAAAAAAGGAGAAAAAAAAGAAUUCCUCGUCACGUGCACGGUCUGAAACUGGACAGCGAUGGGUUAUUUUUUUUUUUUUUUCCCUCCCCACCUAUUUUGUUGCGUCCCUGGUUUUGCCCCAGCCCCUCUGUGCCAUUCCCAGGAUGGAUAUGGAAUCUCAUGACCACCAGCCACACACGGAGACCCGGCCCUGUCCCUGCUGCCACCGAGCUGAGCCCACCUCCAGCCAACUCCUCCUUCCUCCUCUUCUCCUUCUCGCCAGGAAGCGUUUGUUUGUUCCUAAGGAAAAAAAAAAAAGGAAAAAACUUGAAAUUCCUCAUGUCCAGCUUGAUGUUGAAGUCCCAGCAGUCCUGGAUCUGAAGCUUCUUGGAGGGGUUUUGUUGCCUUCCACAAGGUUUGGAUCAGCUCCAGCAAGGAGAUGCCAUUCUGGCUAAUUCCAGAAUUUUCCAUGUUUCCUCCACUGAGUUUGCCUCAUUCCACGUUUUCCAAAGUGCUGACUCAAGGUCACACUGGGCAUCUCUUUGCCGUGUCUUAAAGGUGCUUCUAUUUUUGUAUGUUUGUGAGUAAAUAUUUGUAUCGUAUUUUAUUUGAAAUGUUGGAAUGUUUCCGCCUUCAAACCAUGCAAGUGACCUUGUCUGUAUUAAAGCCACCCCAUCCCAGCCAAGCUUCCAGCUGGGAAUGAAGACAGCAGCUCCUGUCCCCACUUCUGCCUCUUCCCUGCCCCAAACUGGGAUCUGGAGCCUUGGAAUUACCCCCAGGAUGAGGUGAAACCAGCCCCUGAGCCACAGAUGCCUUUUGCAAUGAUUCCUUUCAAAAUGAGGAAAUUAAAGCCACUUUUUAACAAAUUUCCUACAAGUCCCCUGAUCUAAAAGCAGGAUCUGCAUUGAGUCUCUGCCUUUUCAUCAACUUGCUUAACACCUGCAUUUUAAAUUCAUUCUUCCUUUUUUUUUUCAUUUCAGCAUUCCUUUAAAAUAAUAAGAAUUAAACCUGAAUCCAUUCCCAGUGGCAGAUUCCAGUGGCAGGGGAAAUCCAUUUGUCCUCUCUGAAUAUCAAGAAUAAAAAAAAAAAACAGGGAAAAAAAAAUGAAGAAUAAAAAAAAAAAAAGGUGCUUUUUAUAGUUAUUUUUACAUAUCUCUGUGGUGCUGAUAACUUUAACACAACACUGGGGAUACCCUGCCACUGGCCAAUCUCCCACUUGGAUUUUUAGGCACUUUCAGGCAGAUUUUGGCUGCUGAUAAAUGCAUGGCACCUUCUUAUCUCUUCUGUCCAAAUCCUGCUCCUCUCCUUCCUUGGAUGGGCCCGUGUAGUAAGAAGCAUUAAAUGUUCUUACAAUUAUUAUUAUUUUAUUUUUAUUAUUAUAAUUAUUAUUAUUAUAAUUAUUAUUUGGUUUUCCCAAGGAUAUCCAUGUCUUUUCCCAGUGGGAAGCAGAGCAGAUUGUCCUCAGUGGCUGAACGUUUGUGGUGCUAAUUUAUGUGGAUGUUGGGUGUCCUGAAGCCGUGGGGGUGCUGCCCGCCCAGCAAUCCCGGGAAUUUGCAAUUUUCCUGCUUUUCUCACUUUUUUUUAUUCUUUCCACGGCUCACAACAUGCUGACACCCUCUUCUUUUACCAUUUAUUUUUCCUCCUUGCCCGUUUUCCUUCUUUAGGUCUCUCAGCUGGAAAAUAAUUGUUGCAAGGUGGGUUUUGUUUUUUUUUUAAUUAUUAUUCUUUGGCCUGGAGCGCUCAGCUCAAGGGGGAUUUUUCACCACGAAGGAAAAGACAUCACAUUUACUGUGAAAAAAGCCUAUAUAUGAUGUCUUUUCUCCCCUCCUGCCCAAAUUGAGAGCAGCAGCAUCCGAGGAAGGGAGGCAAAGCCGUGCUGGAGGGAGCGGCAGCGCCAGCGGUGCUUUUGGAGUCCUGGAGGAGCCGUGUCCAUCCCUCUCCCUUCUUCUCCUCUGCUCUCUCCCACUUAAGGGAAUUCAAAAAAACCCCAAAAGGUGCUACCCUAAAAACUGCAGACUCCGGCAGCAGAGCAGUGAAAAGGAAUUUAGGAUAAGAAAUAAGGAAUUCAGCUUCCCAGUCACCUUGGCAACAGCGGGAAGGGUGGGAAAGGUUGCACAUCCCAGCAAAGCCAUAUCCUGAUAUUUGUUCACACCUGUGUGUCUGCCCAGGUCAUGGGAUUCUGCUCUCAAUUUUCUCAUCAAGGGAGCUUUUUUUUUUUUUUUUUUUUUUUUUUUUCCCCUUUGAUUUCUCUGCUUGAAGAAGAAAAAAAAAAAAAAAAAGAGAAAAAGAAUAAAAAUUUCCUGUGUUGAAUUCCACAGUGUUGUAAUUGUACUGAGCUCCAAACUGUUCCAAUCCCCCCCAGACCACUUAGCUACGGUAUAUUGCAAUAAAAUUACUACUUGUAUUUGCAGACCUUCUUUUUGUGUAAUUUUAUUUCCCUCCUCCCCUUAAUAUAUAUUGACUUGAACAAAUGUUGAUAAGAAAAAUAAAACCUAUGGAAAAAAAAAAAAAACAACAAAAACAACAACUUUUAGUACAUAAAGGCCCUUUUUAAAAUAUAGUGUCAAAUGCCAUAUUGUACAUUUCUUCAAAGUCCAAUAAACAUGUCAUAAAAUUUAAGUGUAAUGCCCAUAAGAGCUAUUUUUAAAUAUUUUAAACCUGUGUAAUAAAGGAAUAAAUGUAAUAGAUUUUUUUUUUCAAUAAAUCAAGUUUACUGUUUCCACCUAAA